AUGAGUUACUACGAAGAGCCUCAGCGCACUCGUCGCUACGUGCGCGAGGAGCGUCGUGAGGAGAGAAUUGAUCCCCGUUAUGCCGACGAAGGCUAUCUUAAAGUUCACCAAACCCGCGAGAUCAUUCCUCGUGCCCGAGAGAACAGCGAGCUCUCUAUUGAAGAAGUCCGCCGAGACUUCCCCCCUCCCGGCUAUAGAGAUUCCCGGAGAACUCGGUCAGCAGAACCCGGCUACUACGACGACCCCCGCUAUGACGACCGGGACCGAUACUACGAUCGCGAGUAUGAUCGUCGCAGCCGGAAAGCUGGCAGCCUCGUCUACGCCGAAGAGGAGAGGUCUCGUAAGCGCGUUAUCAACCAACAAGAAAAGAUUCUGGCUGCUGUUGCCGGUGCGGCCUUAGCCUUUGGCGGCAAGGAGCUUUACGAUAGAAAGGAAGCCAAGGAACACCGCGGCGAAAUCGAGAGAAACUACCUGACUUCGGCGGCAUUGGGAGCAGCUGGGGCUCUUGCCGGCUACCAGGGCGCAGAGUACUACGGCAAGCGCAAGGAAAAGGAGGAGGACAAGUCCACCUAUGUCAUGCAUCGCGGCCGUGACGGUCGAGUCACCGAAUACUACUCCGACGAGGAGGGAGACAGGGAGAAAAAGGGUCACAAAUCUUUCUUGGAGAACGCUCUCGCAGCCUCUGGUCUGGGAGUUGCUGUCAAAGCUCUCACAGGCGCCAGUGGUGGCGACGACCGGCGUAGCGACACUAGAAGCCGACGAGGCAGCCCUGACUCGAGAUCUUCUCGGUCCAAGUCUCGAGGACCCGGAAAUGAAGCCGCCAGCAAGAUGCAGAAGGCUGCCAUGGCUUCUCUCAUUGCCGGAGCCACUGAGGCUUUCCGUGUUGCGAAGGAGCCCGGCGGCUGGAAGGGCGAGAAGACAAAGCGCAUCAUCACUGCUGCCGCUGGUGCGGCUACCAUCGACGCUGCACAAGGCGGCGAGAAACAGAGCAAGUUGGGCCUGGCCGAAUCCGUCAUCGGUGGUCUGGUGGGUAACCGGGUCAUCAACGGAUCCAAGCGCAACAUCGAGGAGGACCGCCGAACCGGACGAAGCCGAUCGAGGUCGCGCGCUCGCUCUGACGGCGGAGGCGGCGGACCGGGCUUGGCUGCUCUGGCAACUGCCGGUCUAGGUGCCUUUGGCGCAAAGAAGGCUAUCGAGAACGUGCGGUCCCGGAGCCGUGGCCGUAGCGCCGACUCUUAUGACAGCCGUGCCUCUAGCCGCGAUGGUCGCGACAAACCCCGCCAACGCAGCAGAAGCCGCAGUGUUGUCGACUCUGCACGGAAGCGACUCGCCAAGAUUGGCAUUGGCAGCAACCCGGAGGAAAAGGAGAGAGAGAAGUAUGGCCGAGAUGAUUACUACGAUGACGACCGUAGCUCUCGACGCGGCGGCAUGACCCGGAGAUACUCUGAUGAAUACGACGACUACGACAGGGGAUCCGCACGUGGUGGACGCGACGCAUACGACGAUGACAGAUCGUCAUACACGAGCCGGCGCCGAGACCGAUCUCGCCGCAGGGGAGGAAAGUCGGACACCAGUUCCGAAUCGGAUCUUGGAGACUCGGACGAUGAUGCGAAGCGCGCAAGGAAAAUGAGAGGUAAGCAAGUCAUUACAACCGGCCUAGCGGCCGUUGCCACCAUUCACGCGGCACAUGGGGUCUAUCAAAGUAUGGAGAAACGCAAUUCAAGGCAGAAGGCUGUGAAGGAAGGGCGGCUCAGCCCAGAGGAGGCGAAAAAGCUCAAAACCAAGGCUCUCGUGCAAGACGCCGCCUCUGUUGGAAUCGCUGCCCUCGGUAUCAAGGGUGCCUGGUCUGAGCUUAAGGAAGCCAAAGAGAUGACACACGAAUGCAAGGAAUUCCAACACGAGAAGGAAAUCCGACACCAGAAACGACUUGAGCGGCAGAAGAGGCUCACCGACGGCCAUGGUGGUCGACGGAGUAGGGCUGACGACUGGUCUCAUGCUGGUUCUCCACGAGGAGAGCGGUAUGACUAUGGUUCAACUUACUACGACGAUAACCCGUACUCUUCCGGGCACCUGCCUGCACCUCCUGUUGGUUAUGACGACAGGAGAUACAGAGACUGA